CCUCUCUGUGGACUCUGCGCCCAUGCUGGCAAGGCGUCCCGCUACAGCCGGGACUCUGGGCCAGACGCCCCAGCAGAACCCGCCCCCUCCGCAGCCCCUCUCUGUGGCCCAGCAGACCCCUGUGGAGGAAACAGCGCCCCCGGUGAUGCAUCAGGUCCAUGAGGAGAAAGGAUUGACAAAGGCUGCUCCAAUAACUGUGCCGCCACCUGCUGGGCCGGAGGGAAACUGCAGGGACAUAUCCACGGACAGCUACGCAGCUGGCAUGGACCAAUCCUGCGCAGGGUCAAAGGGCACCGCCGCCUCCACCUCCCCCGCGGAGAUCCCUCACACCAACUCCUCCCCCACGCCAGUCCCACCCGCCCUGGUAAGAAGCGUCAGCCUGCCCGCCCAGUCCAGCCUCCCGGGAGGGCCUGAGAACCACCCCCCACAGGCGACGGUUAAACCCCAAAUCCUCACACACCUUGUGGAGGGCUUUGUCAUCCAGGAGGGUCUGGAGCCAUUCCCGGUGUCCCGCUCCUCCCUGAUGAUGGACCAGGUGGGUAAGGACCUGAGGGGCGGAGGAGCUGGCGACUCCCUCACGGACACGGAGCUGCCCGGGAACUCCACCGACACCGACCUGGACUUCAUGGCCGUAGAGGAUGGCAUGGAGGAAGACAUGGAGGGUGUGAUGCACUGUGAGUUCUGUGGAAAGAGAAGUUACACCCACACCUUCCUCCGGUCGAAGCGGUUCUGCUCCACCACCUGUGCCACAAGGUUCAACGUCAGUGGGACCAGACGCAUCAGCGCGCUGAAGGCCAACCGGACGGGUCGCAGACGGGGGCGUCGCCCCGGCAGGCUGGGGGGCGGGUCCAGGGAGUACUUCCUCAGACAGCUGACAGCUCCUUACAACAGCGGCUCCGCCGGCCACACCCCCAGACGCAGCAGCCAAUCGCUGCAGGGGGAGGAGGGAGAGGAGGUGCCUUCUGUUCCCAUGAGGACGAGGCGGCGGAGGCAGGCGGAGCUGGAGCGGGAGAGGGAGCAGAGGGCGAGGGAUGCCUCCGACAGCACCGAGACCCCGCCCACCUCGCCCUCCAGCCCCGCCCUGUGGACCGUCGACCAAGUGUGUGCCUUCGUAUACACCCUGCCAGGCUGCCAGGACAUCGCCGAGGACUUCCGCUCGCAGGAGAUCGACGGCCAGGCCCUGCUGCUGCUGACCGAGGACCACCUGAUGACUGCCAUGAACAUCCGGCUCGGCCCGGCGCUCAAGAUCUGCGCCCGCAUCAACUCCCUCAAGGGCACCUAGCCGAAAACACCGCCACCUCUCACACCGUUACCGCUCACCACCUCCUACCCUCGAGGGGUCCUAACCAAAAACGUGGGACAACCCCACUGCCUUCAUCUCUACUGCAAACUCACUCCUACCCUCAAGGGGUCCUAGCCAAAAGGAGAGACACCUCCACCUUCUCCACCAUUUCUGCAAACCCCUUCCUACCUUCAAGGGGUCCUAGCCAAAAACGAGGGACGCCUCCGCUGCCUUCAUCUCUGCUGCAAACCCCUUCCUACCCUGAAGGGGCCCUGUCCAAAAAGCAGAAGCACCUACACUGCCUUCAUUUCUAUUGCAGACUGCCUCCCACCCGCUCUCCCACCCACGGACAAUUCACUCCUCCUGUCUGUCACACCUGUCUCAGGUCUCACCUGACACACCUGCAGAAGCAGCACAGAAAGGGGGUGACCCUGUUGCCGCCUCUCGCCUCUCAGAGUUUUCACUCCUACAUUUCUGGGGGUUUUUACACACAGUGAGGCCUCGCACUGUCCUAAUGUGUCCUAAACUGCCAGUCAGAGGCCCGGUCUCUCGUUUCAGCAUGUCCCUGCAGCCACGGCUCUCCGAUGCGUAAUAAACACACAAGGAAUGCACUGUGACGAGCAGAGAAUUCACACGGAGCAACAUUCAUUGGCAGGUUUGUUUCGUGGUUUACCAAUGACUGUGAUACAUGAAGAUUAUUUCAUAAGCAGUUCAUCUUCGGGGGAAAAAAGAUAAUUCAUCAGCAUCUGAAGAAACUACUGUCAAUGUCACAAGGAAAUAUGGGCAGCUGUCAUCUUCCUGAGGCGCUUUUCUAAUCAUAAUUUCUACUAGGUUAUUUCAAAUAUCACAGAAAUGUUCAGAAAUAACAGAAUUGUUCUGGAAAGUUUGAUUACAACAUUAAUUGAAGGCUCAAACAAAGGGAGGCGAGUUUCCAGUUAACCAGACAUAGACGAACCGGGCACAUCAGUCUGACUGCAGAAAUCCCACUCCCCGCUCCUUCCUUUCUGAGGCAGCUGUUCAUAGCAUCCCACCUCCCUCCUUUUUCUCCCCUGUUAACAGUGUUCAAAUGGGAGGUUCAACAGCCGUGGUCCAUGGCCAAGGUGCGGUCACUUCGUCUGUCUCCAAGCCAAAUAUAAAUACUGCUAUACCCACAUAAAUAGCAAGCUGUCUGAAUUCACAUCUACCGAAAUAAUUUUUGGGGAUGGGUUCAUCCUUUUAAAAGGAGCGAUUGCCAGUCAUUGUGUGUAUACCUAUAAACUAGAGCAUAUUCUACUAAAGUGGAGUCUCUACAGUAUAUAGCAUGUUUUCAUAAAGGCGCGUAGAUUUUUUUUCGAUUUUUGAUAAAUACCGAUAUUCGCAGCUUAUAUAAUGUAGAAGGGUAAUGAGUCUGGUGUCUCCGUUCCAGGUCAAUGUGUAUUAAGGCCAGCAAAUUUUAUAUUCAAGUGGUCAGUUUCUUGUAUUUCUGUGUUGUACCGGAAAAGACUUUUUGUGGUCGGAACAUCCCCUUGCAGAUAUUAUUUUUCUAUAGUACAUAUGCAUAUAUUAAACCAAGGCAGUGUUUGUGUGUGUAUAAAUGUUGAACACUGUGGUGAAGGAUUGAUAAUGUGUAAUAUAUUCUUUUUCUGCAAAAUACUGUUAAUAAGAUGCAUUUUAUACCUUAAUUCCUUUGGGAUUGUUGAAGGUAAGGAAAAAAGAAUAUAAAAUACAAUAUUUACAUUUUGGUAGUCAUUAAGUGUGAAGAGGGGGUUUAUGAGUUACCUAUGGGGUAGACGGGACAGCGCAAUAUUUGUUUUUUCGAUGAAGUCUUUGAGCUGUGGGUGCACAAGCAUUCUCUGAGUCCUGCAGCUCCUGGAAUGGCUGCCACUGGCUGGAAGAUUGUGUUCACUGUGCGUCCGGUGUUUUGGUGUGAGUGCGGUCCACGUUGUGGGGAGUCAAGUGUAAUACGUGCAACUGGCAGUUCCAAAGUCCAGGUGAAACAAAAGGAGAAAAACCAAAUUUUAAAACUAUGUCUGUUUUUAAUCUUUCAGUAGUUUGCAAGUAAUAGUUUGAAAGUAAGUAAAGUUCCAAAUUUGAACACUUCUGCCAGAAAAGAACUGAAAGUGUCAAAAUGGCACAUUUAACACGUGCAAGCGAUGAUCUAGCCUUACCCAGAGUUAUCCUGCCCUUACAGUCCGACAGGCUCUUUGUUUAAUAAGCGGACAGGCGGUAUAUGAAGGUGUAUAGCACUGACUACUGUGUGUUGUGUGGUGCAGUGGUUAACGAGCAGGGCUCUUAACCUCAAAGGCU